AUGCUUGAAAUGUUCAAGGAGGAGCUCAACAUGGAGUGUACUCGUAGUCGAAAUGUAGAAGUUAUGGAUCUUAGAGAGGAAGCAUGUGGUGGUCCAGAUGAUGCACCGAAAAGGAGACCACCUGUUUCAGCAGCGGUGAAGCAAUUUUUGUUGCUUGCUCUUGGUUCAAUGCUUGCCCCAAAGAUGUCCAGACUUUGUGAUCUCGAUUAUGCAGAGUACAUGGUUGGAAGGAUGGAGGACAUUGCCACUUUUAAUUGGAGUGGUUUUGUUGCUCGUAAUCUGAAGUUUGAGUUGGGUCGGGUUAAGGAAAAUGAAGCUGAUGCUAGGGCGCUUGGGAAACAGCAAUGGCCCCUCGGAGAUAUCCACUUCUUAAUGAUCCAUUUGCUAGACUUCCUUAAUGUGAGAGGGUUUGCCACCAAAACCAUCCCGACCUGCAGCUAUUGGUUCGACCCAAGGGUGGAUAAGGUGUGCUCAAAUAUCCCCAAGGUAGCUGACAAAUAUAUCAUGGGUCCCAUGUUGUUGUCAAGGGAAGAAGUGAGAUCCCGCUUCCGUCCAGAGCGUGUCAGGAGGGAUUGGGAAUCAGGAUCGAGCAGCUCGGCUCCUGCUACUGAUUGGUGGGCGGAUGUCGACUUGGAAUCCCUUGAGGACGCUGAGCUUAAGGCAUUGGAGUCAUUGACUGAAAAAAUGGUGGAUGUAUGGGAAACAAGGCGGGAUAGUAUCUGGCGAGUCGUCAUUAUGCGCCAUCAAGGAAACAAUUGA